ACUUUAUUAAAAACAAGUGAAGACACUUUUCAGAUACAGUAGCUAAACAAGCUUAAUUUAAUAGAGAAGUGUUAAAUCAAUAAUCUAGUUUUGUGUUAACAAUUUGUUCCUCAUUCCAGCCAUGGGUCGUAAACAGAGUAAUGGGACUAAAGCAGGUUGUAUCAAAGUACGAUGGAUGAUUUGUAUCAUUACCCUGAUGAUGAUCUUUAGCCUUGUAGCCACAAAAGUGUGUUUAAACUUGGCUAUUGUCGCAAUGACUGACCCUGAUUAUGAUCAACUAACACCGGAGGAAGCUGCUGCACUACCUAACUCUUCCUACGUAUUGACUUUUGAGUUGCAAGAUGAAGGCAGUAAUACAACAAGACUUGUUCAAUUUGAACAACGUAAUAGAAACUUCAUCAACUGGACUCAAUCAACAAAUGAUAAACUAUUGACGGCCAACUUUCUUGGAGCUGUCUUGUCACCCAUUCCAGCUGGACGUAUUAGUGAAAAGUUUGGACCUCGAAGGUUAGCAUUCGUCUUAGCGACAAUUGCUGGUGUUUCCAUGUUAGUGUUUCCUGCUGCUUGCAAGUGGUCUUUUCAGGCUGCUUUUAUACUCAGGAUUAUACAAGGUUUUUGUACUGGUUGUACUAUGCCUUGUGCUCAUGUUUUGGUCUCGCGUUGGUCACCUAAGUAUGAAAAGACUUUGUUUGCUUCAAUCAUGAAUUCGGGUGGACUAUUGGCUGCUUUAUGUACUAAUCCUUUGGUUGGUGCUCUUUCUGCUUCGUCUUUCUUCGGUGGUUGGCAAUCUGUGUUUUAUAUCAUAGGCACUUUUCAACUCGUUAUCAGUAUGAUUUGGCUUUUAACGGUCUAUGAUGAUCCUGAAACUCAUCCACGCAUAUCUGAUGAAGAAAGGGAACUAAUUCUUGAAAAUAGACUGACAAAUAGUGGAGAUUCUAACAUUUCGCUUCCAUGGAGACAUGUUUUAGCGUCAGCUCCGAUUUGGGCUCUGAUUAUAUCUAACUUUGCCUUGAGUUGGACUGAGACAAUAAUAGGAGGCCAAAUCCCAAGUUUUCUGGAUUCAGUUCUUGACUUGCCAAUAGAACAGAAUGGGCUUUUCACUGCGUUACCAUACUUGGCCGCUCUUUUUUCAUCCAAUUUAAUCAGUUGGGUUUCAGAUAAAUUGCGAUCCAAUGGAAAAUUCUCGACUACAGCGUUGCGUAAAUUUUUCGCAGAUUUCGGAUUUAUUGGGUCAGCAGUCUGUUUGGUGUGUACUACUUAUGUUGGUAAACGGACUGGAUUGAUUGUGGCCUUUGUUGUUGCCUGUAGAGCUUUCGCUGUUGCCCAAGUAGCUGGUUGUUAUGUUAUGCAUUUGGACAUUUCCCCGACUUAUGCUGGUUCAAUUGUCGGUAUUAUGGAGACAUCACAAAACAUUGCCUCUGUUGUGAUGAAUCAAGCUGCAGCCGUGAUUGUCGGUGAUGAACCAACACUCGAAUCCUGGUCAAACUUCUUCUUAAUCUCUGCUGGUCUCAGUAUAUUUGGUACACAUUACUUUGCUUUAUUGGGUUCAUCUAAACUUCAAAAGUGGGAUCCAAGCUUUAAAUCUGUUGAACAAGCCAUUGAAGAUGAUUUGAAUGGUGAUGAAGUGACUCAAACAAUCUACGAUCCUGAUAUUAUUGUGAGAGACUCUCGACGAAACACAAUUGUCUCUGAAUUUCCUCCCAAUCUUUCAUAAACACCAUCAAAUUAAAUCAAAAACCUAGUCACAUGAGAUCUACAGCGUAAAAAUUAAUAAAUGGUGAUUUUAAUCAACUUCAACUUCUUCAUAGUUGUUCCACAGGCAAACAAAUAAAACAAAACAUUAUAUUAUUAUCGAGACAUUAUAUUCAAAUUAAUAGUUUAAAGUUUCGCCGGUUGAAGCUAACCUAAAAUUAAUUUUUACGCUGUACAAGUAAAGCUUUGCUAGUAUUUUAACUCCAUCGGUAAUUUCAAGCAAGGAAUAUUGGUUCAAUAAGUAAAUUCAUGAUGAAUUAUGAAAAUUAUAAAAAACUAAUCAUAAAUAACCUUUGUUUCAUAAUAUAUGUGAUGUACUUUUCAUUAAUCUCAAAAACUGUUAAAUGGCAUAAUUUGUACUUGCUGCAUUCAAAUUGUAAUUGAAUACAAGACUUCUUAGUUUGAAUAAAAGUAACGGAAUGAGAGCAAUUA